UCUUGUUCCUUCUUCUCUUCCUCCAUUAAGUCCAGACCCUGAGCCAUUCCUUCCCUUCCUUCUCCAUCUUCCUUCGGGACUGAAGCCCACUUCCUAGCCUGAAAUCAACUCCUCUUCUUCUCCCUCCUUCUCCUCUUCCUCUCUCAUUCCUCCUCCUCUUCUUCUUCCAUUGAGUACAUACCAGAGCUAUUCCUUUUCUUCCUUCGGAAGUGAAGCCCACUUUCCAGCUCUUCUCCUUCUUCCUCCGUUUCUCUUGUCUCCUUCUUCUCUUCCUUCGGGACCUCAGGAAGGAGGCCUCGGGCUGCUCGGAAAGAGGGGCGGCCUCCCCACGGAUGCACCGAGCUUUCUGAGGUGAGAACAUCACAACAAGGAGAGAUUCGGGGUUUUUCCUCUUCUCCUUCUUCCUCCUUUUCUCUUGUCUCCUUCUUCUCUUCCUUCGGGACUUAAGGAAGGAGGCCUCGGGCUGCUCGCAAAGAGGGGCGGCCUCCCCACGGAUGAGCCGAGCUUUCUGAGGGGAAGGUGCCAGGAUGCCCCGCCCGGGCCGCAACACCUACAGCGACCAGAAGCCUCCUUACUCGUACAUCUCUCUGACGGCCAUGGCCAUCCAGAGCUGCCCGGAGAAGAUGCUCCCCUUGAGCGAGAUCUACAAGUUCAUCAUGGACCGCUUCCCUUACUACCGGGAGAACACGCAGCGGUGGCAGAACUCGCUCCGGCACAACCUCUCCUUCAACGACUGCUUCAUCAAGAUCCCGCGGCGGCCGGACCAGCCGGGCAAGGGCAGCUUCUGGGCGCUGCACCCUUCCUGCGGGGACAUGUUCGAGAACGGCAGCUUCCUGCGGCGGAGGAAGCGCUUCAAGGUGCUCAAGGCCGACCCGCUGGGCGCCUCCUCGGGGGCCGGGCCCAACGCCGUCUUGGCCGCCAAGCCCUCGGAGGCGGCGGCGGCGGCGCAGUACUUGCAGCAACAGGCCAAGCUCCGGCUGAGCGCCCUGGCGGCAGCGGCAGCGGCUGCCUCUCACCCCUUGCCGCCUCCCAUGGGCCCCCCUUUCCACGCCUCGCCUCCUUCCAGCUUCAAGCACCCCUUCGCCAUUGAGAACAUCAUCGCCCGAGAGUACAAGAUGCCCGGCGGGUUGGCCUUCUCCGCUGCCAUGCAGCCCAUGCCCGGGGCGUACCCCUUGCCCAACCAACUGGCGGCUGUGCCAACCGCUUGGUCCCAAGUCUACGGCUCUGGGGGAAUGCUAGAGUCCGGAGGAGGAACAGAGUAUGGCUACGGGGUGCCACUCAAGCCCUUGUGCCACUCAGGAGGAGGAGGAGGGCCCACUCUGCCCGCCAUUCCGGUGCCCAUCAAAGCCACCCCGGCUUCAGGCCAGUCCUUGCCCCUUCCGGCCAUCCUCUCGCACUCGCCGCCUUCGCUCAGCCCGCCCAGCGCCGCCAGCCAGAGCAGCCCGGCCACUCCGAGCCAAACGGUGCUCCACGCCGUCGUCGCCGUCCACUGACCAAGCCUUCCUUCUCCCAGACCCGUCUAUUCUUUCUUUUGACUCCCCUCCGUGUCGUGGACAGCUCUGUGACUUGUUUGGGACCUCCCCCAAGACAACUUUUCCCUCAAAUUCUGGAAAUGUGGAAGGAACAAACCAAGCGCGCGAAGGGCGGUAUUGCCAGGACGCACGGGACGAGUGUUUGGGUCCGCUGUGGGCGAACGGAGCCCUCCUCUCACCCCCCCACGAAGGACAGCAAUAAAGGGAGGUCCCCUUCUGACCCACACCAACUCUCGCCCCCAUAGACCCCUCCCACGUCGAGAUACGGGAGGAGAAAGUGGAGCCGCGGGUGGAUUUGGUCAGGGCGCACUGAAGGUGCCUGGACAGAACGAAGAACUGAUGUUUAGGGGCUCCUCUAUUGACUUCACACCUCCCACGAAGGACAGCAAUAAAGGGAGGCCCCCUUGUGACCCACACCAACCCUCGCUCCUCCCACGCGGAGAUACCGAAGGAGAAAGUGGCACCGCGGGUGGAUUUGGUCAGGGCGCACUGAGGUGCCUGGACUGAUGUUUAGGGGCUCCUCCACUGACUUCCCACCCCCACGAAGGACAGCAAUAAAGGGAGGCUCCCUUAUGACCCACACAAACACUUGCCCCCAU